GGGAUGUGGCUGAGCGGCGGCGGAGCCGUCGGGCCGGCGCUGCUGGGGCUGCUGCUGGCCCUCUCGGCGCCGGCCAGUGGCGCCGCGGAGCCCGGCGCGGGGCUCGUGACGUGUGGCUCAGUGCUGAAGUUGCUCAACACGCAGCACAGGGUGCGCCUGCACUCGCAUGACAUCAAAUACGGAUCUGGCAGCGGCCAGCAGUCGGUGACCGGAGUGGACUCGUCUGACGACGCCAAUAGCUACUGGCGCAUCCGCGGUGGCUCAGAGGGCGGGUGUCCGCGCGGGGCCCCCGUGCGCUGCGGGCAGGCGGUGAGGCUGACGCACGUGCUGACGGGCAAGAACCUACACACGCACCACUUUCCGUCACCGCUGUCCAACAACCAGGAGGUGAGCGCCUUUGGAGAAGAUGGAGAGGGUGAUGACCUGGACCUGUGGACAGUGCGCUGCUCAGGGCAGCACUGGGAGCGGGAGGCCGCCGUGCGCUUCCAGCAUGUGGGCACCUCUGUGUUCCUGUCAGUCACCGGCGAGCAGUAUGGGAGCCCCAUCCGUGGGCAGCACGAGGUACAUGGCAUGCCCAGUUCCAACAUGCACAAUAUGUGGAAGGCAAUGGAAGGCAUCUUCUUCAAACCCAGCGGGGAUCCCUUAGCAGGUCACGAUGAACUUUGAGUGCUGUGGAUGGGUGGAUGAAAGUCAGCAGCACAGGGCAUCUGCUGGGUUUGUAUGGGUUCUCAAGCGCCCUUGUGAUUAAAGAAUAUUGGUCUGUGAUUGUGGUUUGUUGUGCCUG